AGACUCUUAUCUCCUUCCCAGUUCUUCUUUGUGAGGCUCUCCGUUCCUCCUCUCUCGCCCCAAAACCCAAUCCAAAACCCCUUGUAAAGCCACACAACAAUCCCAAACCCCUCAAAAGUCCCAUUUUUGCUCUAAUCUUAAAACCCUUGAACUUCGUUACCCCAAAUUCCCAGUUUCCAAUGCAAAUGGAUUCAGAAGCCAAGGUCACUGCUAACUCCGUCUCAAUCUCUCAAUCCAAAGAGAACGGAGGCGGCGAUUUGUCAUCUCAUCUGGAGACUCCGGUUGUUGUCGAGGAUGAUUACGAGACUGCAUCGGAGUCCGAGGAUUUGAAUGGGAAAAACCCUUUGCCCGCGGUUGAGAGGGGUGGAAGCCCUAAUCUUGAUGAGGCUAAGAAGAGCUCGCCUGCGGUUGAGGAUGGGGUUUCUGAAGUCGUAGAGGAUAAAGUUGAGGGGGAAUUGAAUCAAGAAGUACGAAAUUCUGAUGGUGGAGGUGAAAAAGGCGAGGUUUUUAGUGGUGGGUCGAAUGCAGAAGAGGUGAAUUCUGCAGUUCAAGAGGAGGAGGAGGUGAAGGGUGAGAGUUUUGUUGCUGGAGCUGAGGGGAAUGAUUUGGGUGCUGCUGAAGAUGAGAAGAAUUAUGGGAAUUUGGUGGAGAAUACAAAAUUGAAAUCUGUUGAGGAUGAGAAUGAGGCUGGGAUGGGGAAUAAUUCGGUGGAGAGUACAAACUUAAAACCUGUUGAGGUUGAGGCUGAGGCUGGCUCAGAGAAGAAUGGGGAGCCGGCAGCUGCUCAACAUGAGAAAAAAGACGAGGGCUUGGAUGGAAACAGAGAAUUUGAAGCAGUAACAGCCACAAGUCGUGUUGGUUCUAUUCAAGAACCUGAAGAGGAAACUGAUUCAAAGCCUUCUGUUGAAACAGAGAGAGAUGUUGACGUUGAUUUAGUUGGUUCUGAUCAAAAUCUUGAAGAAGCAGCAGAGGCUUUGAAGCCUGUAGAAGUUGAAAUCAAUGCUGCAGAUACCGAUAUGGUGGAGUCUAAUGCUGCAGAGAAAGAGGAAAUGAAUGCUGCUGUGCCUGAGAAAGACACUGAAGUUAUUAACAAAGAGGAAGUGAAUUCUGCUUUGGCUCAGAAUGAAACUGAGAUUGUUGAUGGGUCAGUGGAGUCUAAGGUUGCAGAGGCUGUUGUGGCCGAAAACCUUGAAGAUACUGAUAGUCUCGCCAUGAGUCAAGAAGUUCAUGCUGCGACCGAGUCAAAGGAUGUGCAGAAGGAGACCGUACAUACUGAGGCCGACAAGAAUGAAGCUGAUGAUGCAACCGGUUCACAGGGAAGCAUUGACCUGAAAACUGAGGAGGAAAAGGGUGUAUCUACUUCAGAUCAAGUUUCAACUGAUUUAGAAGCAAAACCCAGUGAUGGUGGUAGGGAUUUAGACCUGCACAAGGAUGUUGAACCUUCACCUGCCCCUGUAGAAGAUUCUAAAAGCAAGGAGACAGAAAUACAACCUUUAGAAAAUUCAGGUAUAACGGAGAGCGGGACUUCCUGUGAAAUAUCUGUUGGAAGCGUGCUGCCUGUUUCUGUUCAUGGUGAGAAAGUAGAGCCUGAAAACAAUGGCCUUCAUGUAGAUGAUGAUGAUGAAAACCCUAUUCAGAACGAGGCAGAAGAGGAAGAGGAGGAUGGUGAUGUUACUGACCAGCAACCUAGGGUUGCAAUAUUGGAUAGCUCUGAAACUGCGAAACAAAUUAUAAAAGAAAUGGAGGGAGGGUCUUCAGCCACCAGUUUUGAGAGCUCUAACAGUUACCGACAUGAAAUGGAAGGGCAGAUUGUUUCUGAUUCUGAUGAAGAAGUGGACACUGACGAGGAGGGCGGUGAAAAGGAGUUAUUCGACUCUGCUGCCUUGGCUGCUUUGUUGAAGGCAGCAACUGGUGGUUCUUCUGAGGGAAAUUUUACCAUAUCUUCUCAAGAUGGCACUCAAGUUUUCUCCAUGGACCGACCAGCUGGAUUGGGUUCCUCUGCUGCAGCUUUGCGGCCAGCUCCUGGCCGGUCUGCUCGACCUACACUUUUCAGUCCCUCAGAGCUGGCGGUAACCGCAGAGCCCGAGAAUGAAAUGACUGAAGAAGAGAAGAAACUGCAUGAGAAGGUUGAGGACAUUAGAGUGAAGUUUCUUCGUCUCAUUAUGAGGUUAGGUCAUACAUCUGAAGAUACUGUAGCUGCUCAGGUUCUAUAUCGCCUAAAUCUUGCUGAAGGGAUCAGAAGAGGGAGGCAAAUGGGCCGGUCUUUUAGCAUUGAGGCUGCUAAGAGAAAGGCCGUGCAACUCGAAGAGGAGGGUGAAGAGGAUUUGAAGUUCUCUUGUAACAUUCUCAUCCUUGGGAAGACUGGCGUGGGCAAGAGCGCAACCAUAAAUUCCAUCUUCGGUGAAGAGAAGUCUCAUACAAAUGCUUUCCAAGCAGCAACAACUUCAGUUAGAGAGAUUUCUGGUGUUGUGGAUGGGGUUAAAGUUCGAGUUAUAGACACCCCUGGUCUUAGAUCCUCAGCAAUGGAGCAAGCAACAAAUAGAAGAAUUUUAUCAUCCAUAAAGAAGUAUACUAAGAAAUGCCCUCCAGAUAUUGUUCUCUAUGUCGAUCGGCUUGAUACCCAGACUCGUGAUUUUAACGAUUUGCCUCUGUUGAGGUCCAUUACUGGUGCCUUGGGUUCUUCUAUUUGGUUCAAUGCCAUAGUUGCUCUGACCCAUGCUGCUUCUGCUCCACCGGAAGGGCCCAAUGGUUCUCCUUUGAGCUAUGAGGUGUUCAUAGCUCAGAGAUCUCACGUUGUUCAGCAUUCAAUUCGACAAGCUGCUGGUGACAUGAGGCUGAUGAACCCGGUGGCUCUAGCUGAGAACCACCCUUCAUGUAGGAGGAACAGAGAAGGGCAGAGGGUGCUUCCCAAUGGCCAAAGCUGGAGGCCUCAGCUGCUGCUAUUGUGCUAUUCCUCAAAGAUUCUCGCCGAGGCUAAUUCCCUUUUGAAGCUUCAAGAUCCUAGCCCUGGAAAGCUCUUUGGAUUCCGCCUCCGCUCCCCACCCCUCCCUUACUUGUUGUCAACCCUACUGCAGUCCAGAACUCAUCCAAAGCUUCCCAGUGACCAGGGCGGUGAUGAUGGAGAUUCUGACAUAGACCUGGAUGACUUUUCUGAUGCAGAAGAUGGAGAGGAGGAUGAAUAUGAUCAGCUUCCUCCUUUUAAGCCUCUUAAGAAAUCCCAGCUUGCCAAACUUACCAAGGAGCAAAAAAGGGCCUACUUUGAUGAAUAUGAUUAUCGAGUUAAACUUCUUCAGAAGAAACAGUUUAAGGAGGAGAUUAGGAGGUUGAAGGAGAUGAAGAAGAGAGGGAAAAGCGGCAGGGAAGAGUCACCCUAUGGGGACAUGGGUGAAGAUUUUGAUCAGGAUGGUGCACCAGCUGCAGUGCCUGUUCCUUUACCUGACAUGGUAUUGCCGCCUUCCUUUGACUGUGAUCUUCCUAGCUAUCGGUACCGUUUCUUGGAGCCAACUUCGCAGCUUCUGACAAGGCCUGUACUGGAUUCCCACGGCUGGGACCAUGAUUGUGGCUAUGAUGGUGUUAGCCUUGAGGAGAGUCUUGCUGUUGCUAACCGGUUUCCUGCAGCAGUUGCAGUUCAAAUCACAAAAGACAAAAAGGAUUUCAACAUUCAUUUGGAUUCUUCCAUUUCAGCCAAACAUGGGGAGAAUGGUUCUUCUCUUGCUGGCUUUGACAUCCAGUCCAUUGGGAAACAGCUUGCUUACAUUCUCCGUGGUGAGACCAAGUUCAGGAACUUGAAGAAAAACAAGACGGCGGCUGGAAUAUCUGUGACUUUCCUAGGUGACACUGUGGCAACUGGAUUGAAAGUUGAGGACCAGCUUAUGAUUGGAAAGAGGGUAGCUCUGGUGGCUAGCACAGGUACAAUCCGAGCCCAAGGUGAUGUAGCAUAUGGAGCUAAUUUGGAAGCACGUCUUAGAGAGAAGGAUUAUCCCAUUGGCCAAUCACUUUCCACAUUGGGGCUCUCGCUGAUGAAGUGGCGUGGUGACUUGGCUUUAGGUGCUAAUUUGCAGUCUCAGGUGAAUAUUGGAAGGAACUCAAAGGUGGCAGUUCGUGUUGGCCUUAACAACAAGCGCAGCGGGCAGAUCACGAUCCGGACAAGCUCCUCAGAUCAUCUUCAGCUUGCACUUGUUGGGAUCAUUCCAGUUGCUCUUUCUGUCUUCAGGAACAUCUGGCCGGGUGAGUCUGAAUUCGCUCACUAGAUUUAGUUUCAGAGCUAUCAUUAGUUAGACUGUGAGAGGAUGACGGAGUUAGGGUUUCUUGAAUCAGAGCAUAGUUCGGUAUCAAAGUCUUUAUUAUAUUUCAAUAAUGAACGCCUAUUUUGAAUUUUGAACUCUAUUUGAGCAGUUGAAUUUGGUCGAUUGAUAUUGUUCUCGGAUUAUAAGACUUUUGGUGCAUAAAAUGGUGGGCAAAAAGUUAUACACUUCUGUCAAUUUUCAUUUA